GGGGCACCGCAGCGACUGGCUCCCAGACUUGCCAUGGCUUAGCCGUCGAGCAAAGGGAUGCCAAGACCAGAGCCUGCCAACCUCGAGGAGGAGGAAGGGCGGUUUGGUGGCGCUGGGCCUCUCUGGGGCUCCCGUGGCUCUCCCCGGGGGACGCCGGGGGACACUCUCUGAGGUCCUUGCUCUCUCCCGGGUGAACUUGAGGGCUGCAGCUGCCCCACAGGGAUCAUGCCAGAGGUGCUUCUGCUCAGGUCUGCCAGCUCCAUCCUGAGGACUGUGUUCUUAAGCAGACUGCUGCCAGGUGGGCCACGGUGUGUUCGGAAACUUAGUUUGCACCUGCAGUACCAGCAAGGAGUAAGGCUGAAUGUACAGAGCAGCUCCCUGACAGACAGGCAGACGCUCUCCAGAGAGUCACUAAGCCAUGAUCUUGAGUUCUCCACCCAUAAGAAGAGCAAGCAUGCCCAGCUGGACUGUCCAGAAGAAGCACUAUGGACGACUAGGGCUGAUGGGCGAGUCCGCUUGCGCUUGGACCCCUGCUGCCCACAGCUUCCCUACACCGUGCACCGGAUGUUCUAUGAGGCCCUGGACAAAUAUGGGGACCUCAAUGCUCUGGGUUUCAAGCGCCAGGGCAAGUGGGAGCACGUCUCCUACUCUCAGUACUACCUGAUUGCCCGCAAAGUCGCCAAGGGCUUCCUGAAGCUUGGCUUGGAGCGAGCCCACAGCGUGGCCAUUCUCGGCUUCAACUCCCCAGAGUGGUUCUUCUCUGCAGUGGGCACAGUAUUUGCAGGUGGCAUUGUCACCGGCAUCUACACGACCAGCUCUCCUGAGGCCUGCCAAUAUAUCGCCCGUGACUGCCGCGCCAACAUCAUUGUGGUCGACACACAGAAGCAGCUGGAGAAGAUCCUGAAGAUCUGGAAAAAUUUGCCACAUCUGAAGGCAGUAGUGAUAUACGGAGAAUCUCCUUCAAAGAAGAUAACCAAUGUGUAUACGAUGGAAGAAUUCAUGGAGCUGGGGCGUGAGAUAUCCGAAGAGACCCUGGACACCAUCAUUGAUGCUCAGCAGCCCAACCAGUGCUGCGUACUAGUGUACACGUCGGGCACCACUGGGAACCCCAAGGGCGUGAUGCUGAGUCAGGACAAUAUCACGUGGACAGCACGAUUUGGCAGCCAGGCUGGUGACAUCCAGCCAGCGGAAGUCCAGCAAGAGGUGGUGGUCAGCUACCUGCCCCUCAGCCACAUUGCUGCCCAGAUCUAUGACUUGUGGACGGGCAUCCAGUGGGGAGCGCAGGUCUGCUUUGCUGAGCCCGAUGCCCUGAAGGGGAGUCUGGUGAACACACUGCGGGAAGUGGAGCCCACCUCCCACAUGGGUGUGCCGCGCGUGUGGGAGAAGAUCAUGGAAAAGAUCCAAGAGGUGGCGGCUCAGUCCGGCUUCAUCCGUCGUAAGAUGCUGCUGUGGGCCAUGUCGGUGACCUUAGAGCAGAACCUCACCUGCCCUACCAGUGACCUGAAGCCCUUCACAACCAGACUGGCAGAUUACCUGGUGCUAGCCAAGGUCCGUCAGACACUGGGCUUUGCCAAGUGUCAGAAGAGCUUCUAUGGGGCUGCCCCCAUGACUGCAGAGACACAGCGCUUCUUCCUGGGCCUCAACAUCCGCUUAUAUGCUGGUUAUGGCCUCAGUGAGACCACAGGCCCCCACUUCAUGUCCAGCCCCUACACCUACCGGCUAUAUAGCUCAGGUAAGGUGGUGCCAGGCUGCAGGGUGAAGCUGGUGAAUGAGGACACUGAGGGCAUUGGAGAGAUCUGCCUGUGGGGCCGCACCAUCUUCAUGGGCUACCUGAACAUGGAGGACAAGACGUGUGAGGCCAUAGACUCUGAAGGCUGGCUGCACACAGGUGACACUGGCCGCCUGGACACCGAUGGCUUCCUCUACAUCACUGGGCGCCUCAAAGAAUUGAUCAUCACUGCCGGAGGGGAGAAUGUACCCCCUGUGCCUAUUGAGGAGGCUGUGAAAAUGGAGCUGCCCAUCAUCAGCAAUGCCAUGCUGAUCGGGGACCAGAGGAAGUUCCUGUCCAUGCUGCUCACCUUGAAGUGCACCCUGGACCCAGACACCUCUGACCCAACUGAUAAUCUGACUGAACAAGCUGUGGAGUUCUGCCAGAGGGUGGGCAGCAGAGCCAGCACCGUGUCUGAAAUCGUGGGGAAGAAGGACGAAGCUGUGUAUCAGGCCAUUGAAGAGGGGAUCCAGAGGGUCAAUGCCAAUGCAGCAGCCCGGCCCUACCAUAUCCAGAAGUGGGCCAUUCUCGAGAGGGACUUUUCCAUUUCAGGAGGAGAGUUGGGUCCCACCAUGAAAUUAAAACGGCUCAUAGUUCUGGAGAAGUACAAAGAUAUUAUCGAUUCCUUUUACCAAGCGCAAAAAAAGUAAUCAGGAGUCAUCCCUGUGGUUUCUACUGAAUAGAUGGCAGGCUUUUCCAGCAUUCUCCUGAGCUCUAGAUUCUCUUCAAUCUGGGCCUGGGAACUGUCAAAAUCUAUUAUCUCAAGGUCAGGGUAUGGCACUUUCAUCUACAAAUCUGAGAAGCCUCAUGUGUGGAUAGUUUAAAUCCUGCUUAAGUAAUUGUUUCAUGUUCAGUUGACAAGUGAGAUUGGUUCUCCUUCCAAAACUAAAGGGCUAAUUUUUGGCCUUAGUUCCAGGCAGAUUUAACAAGCUCACAUAAUAGGUCAACCAGUGACAGGCUAUUGGGGAAGAAGAAUGAGGGGAAGACAGCUUGUGCUGCUAGUGUGGGCUGCAAGGAAAGCAAAAAGUCAUAGUUCACCUAAUGGUCUGACUUACUCUGGAAUCUUCUUGAACACUGCCAAUGCCAUUAUCCAUUACCAGGCACUCCUCUACCAUGCACGCACCGACUUGAUGCUUAAUAAAACUGCUGCUGUAUUUAAUGUGUAAUUUGAAUAUUAAACUUUUAACAUAAC